CUGGCCCUUAAUGGCUGACAAAUUGCAUCAGUCAAUUUCAUUACAUUUACUCCACAUGUGAAAAUAUAUUACAUUUUAUAUUACUAUCAGGUAUAUUUAUAUUCUUUAAAAAGUAGUAACUUUUUAGGAUUAAAGAUAUAAGAUAUUAGAAUUGAAAUUUAGUUUUAAUACUAUGGUAUUUAUUUUUUAAAAAUUCAAUUGACUUCAUUGUGAAUUGCCGGCACCCUCCCCUGUUUCAGGCUGUUAAUCUGUAACCGACGCGUUUAGUGUUGGUUACUGAAACUGGUGUAGCCAUGUAUGUAGUGGCCUGUAAGUGUAGUCGACUCCUCAAUAUUAGGGAUAAGCCACCAGUAUUUAUUUUAGUUUAUUGAUAAUAAACUUAUGCAGACCUAUGUUUUUCAGUUGGGGCCAUCCAUGUAAAAUCAUUUUUCUAAGCGAAAUGCAGCUGCAUCAUUUUUAUGGCCCUAUCUAUAUUAUAAUUAUAUAGUCUAUUUAAUUUAUAUAAUAUAUGGUGGUGGGGGUCACUGCAUCAUAUUCAUUAUAAUCAUGUCAGGCACAUUAAUACCCACAUUCUGCAAUAGUUAUCCUGAAAUGUUUACAGUCCUAAAUUCAAAUUGUCCAAUUAUUUCUCUAAUAAUAAUAAAGUAACGUUUAGUAAAGCAAAGCCAACUUCACUGUCACCAGUAGUAAAAUCCAUGAAUUCUAAUUAUUUUUUAUGGCUUUAACUUUAAAAUAUCAGCAGUGUUUUGGAGGCCUAUUAUCAUCAUCAUGCAUAGUUACAUGCUUUUACUUUGUGUUUCACAAUUGUUCUUACUAAAAAAUCAGUGAUAUUAUUUAAUAUUAUCACAACAGUGGUCAGUGGGUCAACAGUAAAGUUUUGCCUAGUGACAUUUUUUAAGUCCACCUCUUGCCUUUGUAUGCUUCUGUACGAGGGAUGUAAUUAGUUACUUGAACAUUUCAAGACUUUUGUAUUAAUUUCGUUCAGCUGAAAACUUAUUAUAUUUGCUACACCAAACAGACAACAGUAGCUAAAAGGGGACCUAAUUAUACAGAUUACUGAUUCAUUAAAUUGCCUUAUCUUAUACUAUACCUCCUCAAAAUUGUACCGGUAUACAAAUAAAUUGAAACUGGUUGUUUGGGUUGAAAGUUCUCAUCUGAACAUAUGCAUGAGGUCAAUGGUUUACAAAAAUUACAAGUGCAACAAGGGAGGGGCAAUGAAAACUUUUAUUUCUUUUGUGUCUGCUAAACAUUUAUGACCCUCCUUUCAAGCCUCAUGGACCCUUAAUUACUUAAUUUUGUGUGAAAAUUUUUAUCUGAAUUUCUUUUAUUCAAUAUUUUGUAUCCUUAAUCUUACCAUUUAAUAGGCUACAUAUGCCUAGGGCGGCGAUUCCCAAACAUUUUUUUGGGUGUUAUUUUUGUACUUCUCCUUCCUUUACAAUAUAUGACCCACUAAUAUUUUUUACCGGUAUCUCUUAUUCUGGCAUAAGGGUAACAUAAAACAGUUAUGAAUGUUCAGUUUUUUGUUUCAAUACAGAAAAAUAUACUUUUAAAAAAUGAAACUGAGCAAACAGAAACUUGGUAAUUAUUCUAAUUUAUUCAUAAAUGAGACGUGUGAUGGCCCUGUACUGGGUUGCAAGUCGGCAUGUAGAAAGUACAUCUGGCCAAGGGUAUCUUGCCCAAGGGACAUUGCAAAGUUUUUUGCUCUCUUCAUUAUGGUUAAGUAGUUAAAUCAUAAUAAUAUGUGAUAUGACUACAAAUGAAUUAAAAUUGGGCUGAAGUAUUUUUUACUUUUUAAAAAUUCUCCCUAUCACCUAAUCUAUCAUAACUAUUAACAACAAAUGUUGCAAUGCCAAACAGUAAAUGUGUUACAGAUUUUAAAUUUUUCGUCAUAAAUCCUUUAGUAAGGUUACAUUUUUUUGUGCAAGCUAUAGUUUGAAAUACACACAUCAGCAAAAACAUUUUAGGAAAAAGCAGCACUGACCUUGUGAAAUUUUUUUUAAAUUACAGAAUUAACUUUUCAAAAUGGUACUUACUUGCCGUUUUUACAAGAACAAGUUUCCAGAAGUGGAGGAUGUUGUUAUGGUCAAUGUACGAUCCAUAGCAGAAAUGGGAGCAUAUGUGAGACUUUUAGAGUACAAUGACAUUGAGGGUAUGAUUUUGCUCAGUGAAUUGUCUAGAAGACGUAUUCGCUCAAUAAACAAACUCAUUCGAGUUGGACGAAGUGAGUGUGUCGUGGUCAUUAGGGUUGACAAAGAUAAAGGUAUGUAGCAUUCAUCUUAAUUUUAAUAGUUAUUUUGAAUUUACCUUUAUGUACUGAAACAGGCAUUGUUGCAACUGAAAAAUUAUAUAUCAAACUCUGGAUUUUUUAAAAAUUUGCUUACACUUACAGGAUACAUUGAUUUGUCCAAGCGUAGAGUUUCCCCUGAAGAGGUCAUCAAGUGUGAGGAAAAAUUUGCAAAGGCCAAAGCAGUAUGUGUGCAAGUUGUCUGCCAGCUAAACUUUUAAGCUUUAUAUAUAUAACUUUAAUUUGUGUUCAUUCUAAUCACAUUUUAGUUUUAAAUUACUUCAAUUGAAAAAUUGGUUUUAUUUCAAUGUAUCAGUUUAAAUGGGAGAUCUUUUUUACAGAUAUUUUUGUUAAUAAGCCAUAUGACGACUUAACCAUUAAUAAUGCAUAUUUUUUCCACAGGUGAAUAGCAUAUUGCGACAUGUUGCUGAACUCAUGGGCUACAAAAGCAAUGAAAAAUUAGAAGAGCUCUAUGAAAAAACAGCCUGGUUCUUUGAUUCUAAGUACAACAAGGCUGGCUCAUCUUAUGAAGCUUUCAAACAUGCUGUACAGUAAGUAGUUUUGUUAAACUCGAUAUGUAAAGUGGAGAAUUUCAUUCUGCUUUGCAGUAGUAUAGUUUUAAAAAAAAAUUAUUUAUGAAAUAAGUGCUUAAAAAUAUAUUCUUAAAAUGUAUAUCCAUAUGUAGGCCAACAUAUGGAAUUUUAAUCUCUGUGAUAGCAUAGCAUAUCUGUCUUAAAACAAUGCUGAAAAUCACCUUCUCAAGAAACCCUAAAGAUUAAAAAAUGAAUACCAAAACUUUCCAAGCACGGUUUUCAAAUGCAUGAAGUUUCAGCUUCUCAUUGAAACAGAUAAUGCAUUAAAUUGUAUUGUUGAAGUUGAUGUUUAAUUAAAAGUGUUAUCAGCCUGUUAAAUGGUAAAUUUGUUUUCAAUGCUGACAAAACCCAUAUAAGAUUAUUUAAGAUAAUGGUGAGAUGUGAACAAACUAUCUUUCUUAAAAAUUCGGUUUGGGUUAAAUUAAGUCAAUCUGAGGGUCACCAUCUGAGGUCAUCAAAUAACCUGUGGCACUGCUUAUUAGGCUGUUUAUCACUAGAUAUCAAGAGUGAUUGCAAAUGUUUAAUCUAGUAUAUACCAAAUUUGUUUACUAAUCUUUCUUUUUAAUGCAAAAAUGAUUAAAUCUUGUUAUUGUCAUGUUAUUCCUUUAUGACAGUUCUAAAAUGGUGUUAAUUUAUUUUCUCCAGAAAUCCUAAUGUUUUGGAUGAAUGUGAGAUUGAUGAUGCCACAAAGAAAUGUUUACAUGACAACAUUUGUAGGCGGCUGACACCACAAUCUGUUAAAAUUAGAGCAGGUAGGAAAUUCUCCAAGUACUAUUAAUAGAUUUUAUGGUCACAAAGUAACUGCUCUUCUUGAUAUUAGAUUAUUUUUUAUUAGUUUUAAGGGCAGAAACAGUUCGGCUAUUUGUAUAGUCAUUGUGCAUUUUUACUACAUUUAACAGAUAUUGAUGUUGCUUGUACAUACUAUGAAGGUGUUGAUGCUGUGAAGAGAGCACUCAAAAAGGGCCUCGAAAUGUCUACUGAAUCUAUGCCCAUUAAAGUAAGGAGGACUUCAAUUGGUUACCUUAACAAAUCUUUGGAUUUAAGAAAGCACUAUAUUGAUUUUGCAUCAUAUGUCUGUUGUAAAUUUAUAGCAAUCAAAACUCAAAUGAAAUAAUUAAAUGGAAUGCUAGAUUAUAUGUCAUUUUUAUGAAAAAUACUCUAGCAUCAUUAGCAAUCGUUUGGCAACAUUUAUCCUUAUGAAGGAAAUGGAGAAGAAAUCAACUAGUGCCAACUAUAUAUACUUUUCUAUUCAUACAUUUCAGUGGGGCAUUAAUAAUAACCAAUACUAAGAUGAAAAUAUUUUUUUUACCUACCUUAGUUUGAGACCAACUAGUUUUUCUAUAACAAAAAUUCUUUUUAACAGUUUCCAUAAAGUUUGAUAAUGGCCCAUGUAUCUUCAGAUCAAUUUAAUUGCACCACCUUUGUAUGUGGUGACAACAAAUACAUUAGAGCGUAGUGAAGGACUGGAGAGGUUAAACAAGGCACUGGAGGCCAUCAAAGAAGAAAUCACAGCAGCAAAAGGAAUUUUCAAUAUUCAACAAGAGGUCUGUAUUUUAAGUUAAUCCUUCUGUUAAUUGACUACAUUAUACAACUUUUAUCUCUGAUGGCUAAACAAACAAAUCAUAUUUAUUUAGCUUUAAGAGUGGGUAAAGAAAAAAUUGUGAUGUACAUCUACACUGUUAUUUGGCAUCACCAUCUUUUUUUAGUCCUUUAUUUUCUCAGGGCACCUAUUAGUGUCCAAAUAACAUGACAUGGUAAUAAAUAGUGUGCUCAACUGUGGCAUUUAAGUAUUUCUAAAAAGAUAUAUAUAUAUAUAAAUAUACCAAUUUGUUUAUGUUUUUUAACUUAAUUUUUGUUUUGUUUUUUGUGUGUGUGUUCAGGCCAGAGUUGUCUCUGACAUUGAUGAAAUAGAGCUGGAGAAACAGUUGCAGAAACUUGAGGAGGCGAACCAGGAGAAGGCUGGAGAUGAUGAUUCUGAAGAAGAAGGUGAUGAGGACGACAGUGAUAACAAAAAGGAAGGAAAGGGGGAUAAUGAAGAUGAUGACGAUGGUGUUGCUAUUGAAGGGGAAGAUGAUUAAAUUUUAUCCAAAAGAAAUGCAAGAAAGGUUUAAAAGUUGCUUGGAUGGAAAGUGAAUUUCUAUCUGAUGUCUUUGGAUUAGAGAUGAUUGACUUAACACUUGUGUCCUGCAUUCAAACUUUUCAUCUGGACAGUCAUGCCAAGUUAUUUCUUUUCUUUCGGUAUUUAAUUAUAACUCUGAAUAGUUUGAGUAUAUUUUUUAAGUUUUUGAUUUCAUUAUGGGAGUAAAUAAAUAGUUGAACUCCAAGAUAUGUUUAGACUUGAAAAAAGAAAGAACAAUUAAAAGGACAUUUUAAGUUAAAUGCCUUCUUACAAAACAAGAAAAAAAUUAUUUGAAAUUGAAAAAACUUAAGUGUUCCCAGGGGACAAUGUAGCUUUCUCAGUCUGUGUAACAUCAAAGGCCCAACGUGGAAAUGGAAAAUAACAUUAUUGAAGGAGUUGUUAGUACUUUUCUUAAAUUAAGAAAAAAAUAUAUUGGAUAUAUAUAUAUAUAUUUUUUUUAAAGUUGGUUAAUCCUGUGUACGACUUGAAGAGGUAGAACAUUUUAAGUACGGUAAUAAAUAAUUUGAAAGCCUAAUCCAAGAUUUGACCAGACAAGAUGAAAUCAAUCUAAAACGACUAGUCAGUGAAUGUUUCUGAUAUCCUCUUUAUACACAGAGUCAUUUGAUGAGCUGCUUUUAGUUAUACUUAGGUUAUUUAGCAUUCAAGAAGACUUACUUGCUGCCAAAAUAAAUCUGAAGAAUUCUUUUUGUCUUGGAUCUUGUGUUUCAGAUUUUUAUGAUUCAUUUGGGAUAUUAUUUCAAAUCUUUGGGAAUAUUUGAUAGAUUUAAUCAUUCUGUUUAAGUAAGUGAUUUUAAAAGAAAAAUCACACCUUGCUUAGGUUAUUAAAGAAAUGUGUGUUUGUGCUGGGCAGGAUGUGUAGUAACUUUCUGUUUGUCUUUUGUAUAAAAUUAAAUCAAACUUUAUUACCUAUAUGUAGCUAUGGCUCUUCACUGAACUACACUUACAAUACUGUCAAGUCUAAGGCUGCAAAAUGUGCGGUAGCAGAAUACAUUUCUCUGUGAAUAUAGCUGGUAUAAUUGUUAUAAUUAUUAUUGUGAUUUCAUAAUGUACUUGAAUUCAUCAUGAUGUUUCCUCCUCUGUUUGAAUGUGGGAAUGGGAAAAUAACAUUGACUGAAAGGUGAAAAUAAAUUUCAUUUGAUGAAUUUUAUAUCAACUCUUCUUUUUUUGGUUCUUUUUUAUUAAGUUUUUUAAAAAUUGUAUGAAAGUUUUUAAUUUAAAAUAAGUUGCAUCAUACAAAUUCAAAGACUUCCAGGUGUCUAAAAUUUGCUAACACAACUGAUGCAGUUACCCUUUAAUUAAUCUAUUAAAGUUUUGUUGAUCUUUAAU